AUGAAGCUCACGGAAAAGGACAUUGAGCGCUUGCCGUACCAUACUGCAAGGUCGUACUGCGGGAAGCACUCGCUGGGCACCAAGGGCCUCGCGUCCGAGCUGCGCCAGCGCAUUCGCAUCCACAUGGGCUAUGACGCACAGGCGUCAGGCGAUGAGAGUGACGAGAGCACGCUGCACGUGGCCACCGACCAUGGCGACGCCGAUCUCACCCGCGUGAGCUUCGACGCCAGCGACGAAGACGCCCUCAAGGUAGCCGCGCUAGCAGCAAUACCUGCAUACAGCCCCACGCCCAGGGCCAAGACGCAACCCACUGCCUUCGAGCCAGCAAGAGCGACCGUCCAUGAUGUCCCACGGGUUGGCAUUGCCGUGCCGGAUCUGGCGCGCUUCAUGAACAGUGUGCAAGGCUCGCUAUCAUCGCUGGGGCACAAGAUGGACGCCAUGGCCUCAAACCUUGGGUCGCUCCAUGUCCGUGUCAAGCGCCAAGAGACCCAGCUCAACGAGAUCCACGCGGCGUCGGGAUCUGCGACGAGCAGCGAAAGUCGCCUGGUCCUUGCACGUCUGCAAGAGCUCGAAGCCGAAAACGCGGCAUUGCGAGCGCGGUUGCUGCUUCACGAGAUCGAAGAAGUCGUGAGCACGAUCAAGACGCAGCGCGUGGCGUCGCACACGCACGUCAAGGGCCUGGGUCUCGACGUUGAUGGCUCGGCGCUGCCCAUUGGCUCGGGCCUCGUUGGCCAAGAGAAGGCGCGCGAGGCCGCGGGUAUUGUCGUCGAGCUCAUCAAGUCCAAGAAGAUGGCGGGCCGCGCGCUGCUCCUUGCGGGCGCGCCAGGCACGGGCAAGACGGCGCUUGCGCUUGGCAUCUCACAGGAGCUGGGGCCCAAGGUUCCGUUCUGCCCGAUGGUCGGGUCCGAAGUCUACUCGUCUGAGGUCAAGAAGACCGAGAUCCUCAUGGAGAACUUUCGCCGCGCAAUCGGCCUCCGCAUCAAGGAAAACAAGGAGGUUUACGAAGGCGAAGUGACCGAGAUCACGCCCGAAGAGACCGAAAACCCGCUCGGCGGCUACGGCAAGACCAUCUCGCACGUCAUCAUUGGCCUCAAGACGACCAAGGGCUCCAAGCAGCUUCGGUUGGACCCGAGCAUCUACGAAGCGCUGCAGAAGGAAAAGGUGUCGCCGGGGGACGUCAUCUACAUUGAAGCCAACAGCGGCUCGGUCAAGCGCGUUGGUCGUUCGGACGCGUAUGCGACCGAGUACGAUCUGGAAGCCGACGAGUACGUCCCGAUGCCGAAAGGCGACGUGCACAAGAAGAAGGAGAUCAUCCAGGACGUGACGCUGCACGACCUCGACAUUGCAAACGCCAAGCCGCAGGGCGGCCAGGACAUCAUGUCGAUGAUGGGCAACCUCAUGAAGCCCAAGAAGACGGAGAUCACCGAGAAGCUUCGCAGCGAGAUCAACAAGGUCGUUAACCGGUACAUUGACCAAGGCGUGGCCGAGCUCAUUCCGGGCGUCCUCUUUGUCGACGAAGUGCACAUGCUGGACAUUGAGUGCUUCACGUACCUCAACCGCGCACUCGAGUCGACGCUCGCGCCCAUCGUUGUGUUUGCUACCAACCGCGGUGUCUGCACAGUCCGCGGCACGGAGAUCUCGUCGCCGCACGGCGUACCGCUCGACUUGCUCGACCGCAUGCUCAUCAUCCGCACGAUGCCGUACUCGGUCGAAGAAAUGGUGCAAAUCGUGAGCAUUCGCGCUGAAGCCGAGAGCAUCCCGCUGGCCGACGAUGCGCUCGGUCGCCUUGGGGAGAUUGGCGCGCAGACGUCGCUACGCUACGUAGUGCAGCUUCUGACGCCGUCGCGCAUCAUGGCCGAGACACAGGGCCGCACCGACAUUACGGCCGACGACGUGGACGAGAUCCACGACCUCUUUGCCGACGCCAAGCGGUCGGCCAAGGCGCUCGCGGAAGGCGAGGGCUAUUUGUAUUAA